AUGAAUAAUCAAGUGUGUAAAAAGUUCCAGGAUCUAUGGGACUCGUUUCCCGAUUAUUUGAACGGUGAUGGAAGCUAUGAAUUUACAAAUAAGAAAGAUUUCAAUGAGUACUGUACUGGUGAUAAAUGUGAUAAUGAUACCGGUAAAAUUAAUGCUGGAUGUUUAUAUUUGCUUGAUGGAUUCUUUAAGAAUUCUGAUAAUUUUGGUUCUGUUGCUAAAAGUAACAUCAACAUUGUUGAAUACAUUAUGAUAUGGUUAAGUUAUAUGUUAUACUUUGCCAGAAAUUAUGAAAACGACAGUAUAAAGCAUUUUUAUGAAAUGUAUAUAAAUACUGAUGAGAAGUAUAAUCAGGAAAUAAAUAAGGUUACUGCUUAUGAGAGUUAUAAGGAUCUUAUAGAUAAAAAAGAAAAUUUGAUGAGUAUUAGUAUUAUAGAUAUGUCUUAUUUUUAUGAUGCAUUUACAUUAUUAUGUAACAUGUAUAUUGGGCUUGAAACAAACUUAAGUUGCGAUAAUUAUUUAGAAAAAGCUAAAAAAUUUGCUAAAGCAUAUGAUGCACUUAAUGAAGAUUAUUAUAGUGGUAAAGGCAGCCCCUAUAAUCAAUUAUUAUCUACAUUAUCAAAUGAUUAUUGUAAUUUAAAAAAUAAAUGUAAUCAAUUUCCAACUCUUCCAACAUAUUCACGAAGAUUCGUAAUAAAAAGGACACUAAUUCCAAUUGCAUUUAUGCUUGUUGCAUUAUCAAUUUUCUUGGGAAUUGAAUAUAAGUAUUCGUCACUUGGAUUUCGGAAACGAUCUCAAAAACAAUGUUUAAGAGAAAAAAUAAAAAAUAUAAUGAAGAAAAUGAUUCAUUAA